UCCCCUGUAAAAUACACUUGAAGGUUAAGUAACUACAGCUCUCAGCUAAUCCCACGUAAUCUGCUGUUACUAAAUGGCUGUUUGUAUUCCUGGCACACCAGUUUCUGAAGCUUAGGAUUUGGUUUUUACUUUUUGUUCAAAUAACCUCUAGAAAGAGUGAUGUGUCUCUCAGCAUGUCUGUGCAUUGUGCUUAUUAGCUUUUUGGAGGGAGUGAGCUGUUUAUGUCCUUCACAGUGCACCUGCGAUUAUCAUGGCAGAAAUGACGGCACGGGAUCAAGGUCGGUGCUAUGCAAUGACCUGGAUAUGAACGAGGUCCCUACAAACUUACCUGUGGACACUGUGAAGCUACGUCUAGAGAAGACUGUCAUCCGCAGGAUCCCUGCACAGGCCUUCUACUACCUGGUGGAGCUCCAGUACCUCUGGGUGACUUACAAUUCUGUGGCCAGCCUUGAUGUCAGCAGCUUUUACAACUUGAAGCAGUUGCGUGAGUUGCGCUUGGAUGGAAAUUCUCUGGCUGCCUUCCCUUGGGCAUCUCUGCUGGACAUGCCCCAUCUGAGGACCCUGGAUUUGCACAACAAUAGAAUAACUAGUGUGCCAAAUGAGGUGGUCAGGUACCUGAAGAACCUUGCCUACUUGGAUUUAUCAAGCAACAGGCUAACCACACUACCACCAGAUUUCCUGGAGAGCUGGUCCCACUUACUUACAUCAUCACAAAGCCUGGACCUUAUACCACGAAGAAUUAUUCUUGGUCUGCAGGACAACCCUUGGUUCUGUGACUGUCACAUUUCCAAAAUGAUCGAGCUGUCAAAAGUUGCUGACCCUGCUGUAGUGCUUCUCGAUCCACUGAUGAUCUGUAGUGAGCCUGAGCACCUGACAGGGAUUUUGUUUCAGCGGGCUGAGCUGGAGCAAUGUGUGAAGCCGUCUGUUAUGACCUCAGCCACCCAGAUCACGUCUGCUCUGGGCAGUAAUGUUCUGCUGAGGUGUGAUGCUUCUGGCUACCCUACCCCACAGCUCACCUGGACCAGAUCCAACAGCUCACCAGUUAAUUAUACAGUAAUUCAGGAAUCUCCAGGGGAAGGAGUCAGAUGGUCCAUAAUAAGCUUGACAGGCAUUUCUUACAAGGAUGCUGGGGAUUACAAAUGUAAGGCCAAAAAUCUGGCUGGAAUGUCAGAAGCUGUGGUUACUGUGACAGUGGUUGGUGUUGUCACGACCACCAUAUCAUCAGAUGCCUCUGAAAGAACUGGAGAGCACCCUGAGGAAGAAGUCCAGCCAGGAGCUAGAGCUACAUCCAUACCUGGUUCAUUGUCAUCUCCCUGGCCUUCUUCCUCCCCUGCUUCUUCCAUUCUUCUUUCUACUUCUACUUCGUUUCCUCCCUCCACUGCUUUCUUCUCCUCAUCUCCUUUCCUCUCCUCCAUCGCUUCUUCAGCCACAACUCUAAGCACUAGAAUUUCAACAAGCCCCACCAUGGCCAGCCAGCAGUCACUCCAGCUCCACCCAGAUGGGAAAAGAAAUUUAAAGGUGGAGAUGGGUGGAAGUCAGCUUCCCUCAGCCAGUGCAAGUAAAAAAGAAGAGCUGGCAUCGGUGGAUCAAGCGACGCCAAUGGAAAAGAAUGCCACGAUAGAAAAUCUCAGGGUAGUCGGUGAGACUGAAGAGAGUGUGACCUUGAUGUGGAACACCAUCAACACCACACGCAAGUCUGAGAUGACAGUAUGGUACUCCAAGUACGGUGAGAAGGACCUGCUGCUGCUGAGUUCAGACUCCAGCAAGAACCAAGUAACCAUAGAUGGCUUGGAGCCUGGUAGGCAAUACACAGCAUGUGUCUGUCUGAAAGGAAUGCCUCCCCAGAAAGACCAAUGUAUCACCUUUUCUACUGACAGAGUUCGAGAAGAAGGUGAUUCUCGAGUGUCUUUUGUUGUCGUGGUGAGCGGUACUGCCUGUGUCGUUGUCUUGCCAUUGAUUUUUUUCCUGUUGUACAAAGUUUGUAAACUGCAAUGUAGGUCAGAAUCCUUCUGGGAAGAUGACCUGGCAAAAGAAACUUAUAUCCAAUUUGAGACCCUGUCCCCCAGGUCUCAAAGUGUAGGGGAACUUUGGACGCGAAGGCAUAGAGAUGAUUCAGAAAAACUGCUGCUUUGUUCUAGGUCAAGUGUGGAAUCUCAGGUGACUUUUAAAAGUGAAGUUUCGAGGCCAGAGUAUUAUUGCUAAGGUUUCACAGCUUAGGUACAUGUGAACUCCACAAAGU